AUGUAUGCUUCACGUAACCAUUGGGCAAAAGCAUACUUGAAAGAUAUUUUUUUUGCUGGAAUGACUACAAGAGGCCGAAGUGAGAGCAUCAAUGCAUUUUUUUAUGGAUAUGUCAACUCCAACACAAUGUUAAAUGACUUUGUUACCCAAUAUGAUAAAGCAAUCAAGUCUAGAAGAGAUGCAGAAGAAGAUGAAGAUUUUAAAACUAGAAAUACAAAAGCAAAUUUGGAGAGUAAUCAUCCAAUUGAAGCAAUAGCUGGAGAGCGCUACACAAGAAAAAUGUUUGAAAUUUUUAAAAAAGAGUGGAGGGCUGCCACACAAGAUUACUUUCAUGAAAAGAUGUCAACAGACGAGCAUAAUAUUAGGUACCGUGUGGGAUCUCCCAAAGUUAAUAAAGAGUUAUGGGCAAUUGUUGAUUACAAUUUCAUAGAAAGUUCCACUACUCAUUGUUCUUGUGCAAAGUUUGAGACUAUGGGGAUUUUAUGCAAACAUAUUUUGUACAUCUUCAAGAAGAAACAAAUGAUGACCCUUCCUGAAAAGUAUAUUUUAACUAGAUGGACCAUGAAUGCAAGCUAUAAGGCUGAAAAUCUUUUGUCUGUUCAUUCUGAAACAACUACUAGUGAAGUAAGUGAAUUGUCUUUGUUGUCAACUCAGUCGAAGUGCAAUUUGGCUAUUUCUGAAGCAAAAGAUUGUUUUCAUGAAAUUAGAAGAUUUGAUACUAUUGUUGAUGAAUUUAUUCAACAACAAUUAGAAAGAAAGAGAAAAAGAAUUGAUGAGGAAACCACAAGCUCAAUUGUACCUUCACAAAGUUGUUUCAUUCCUUCUCAAGAUUCACUUAAUUAUGUUCGAGACCCCACUCAAGCAGUCAAAACUAAGGGGCGUCCAAAAGUUGCUUCACGUAUAAAAUCAAGCAUUGAGUUAGCAGCCAAACAACAAAAGACUUGCAGUUAUUGUCGAGAGAAGGGUCAUAAUAAGACCAGUUGUAAGAAGAAAAUGAUGGAUGUUGCAAGAUAG